CUGCACGUCCAGCGCAAUGAGCACCUCAUCAACGAAAGGCUUAAGUGCUACAAAGUAUGGUUAAUAUUUCCUGGGCAAUAACUCCCGCCUUCCGUCUACAGAAGAUAUUACGGGCUAGCAAGAACACUCUUCGGCCGCAACAAUGAGCAUCCUCUCCAGCAGAUCCUCUUCCAACAUUGGUAGCCCAAUUACCGGGCUUAGCAUCCACGAUCCCUUCGCAAUUGCAGGCUUCGUCUUCCUUGUCAUUGUCGUCAUAGUGGCUAUGAUUAUGCUCACGGUCACUGCACGACGAUCCGCAGAAUCAAUCUGGGACGGCAUACACUACGAUGCUCGGUUCCGCUCGCUGCGGCAGGCGAGACAGUCCGCCAUUCUAGCCACCAGCAACACUGUAAGGCAAUCUCUACGUACAGACGAGUCGGUUGCCGGCACACCGAAGCGCGUGAGCUUCAUGCUACGGCAGUCGCCUCGCAAGUCCCAAACACCGGCAGCACCAAUGACACCAGCAUCGCCAUAUACGCCAAAUACACCGUCAAGCCUCAGGAUAGCCAUGUUUGCGGAGAGCGUGCCGUUUCUUCCUGCGUCACCGAUUCGGAAGCAGCGCGUCCGCAUGCGAGGUGAGGCAACUUCCACGCUGGAUAUGGAAGUCGAAGACGCUUGCCGCCGGUGGUCUGCUCUUGGUACUCCGCCGCGCGACUGUUUCACUAGUGUUGGAAUUGCAAGUGUCGAAUGCUGAGGGAGAUAGAGCAGGUAGGCGUGGUCGAAGAAGGUAUCCAGACGUGGUGCGAGACUUUUGUGCGGUGGAGAUCUAGGUCGCAGUCACUGUCUCUUGAAUGCCACCGACUUGCAUACAAUUUCGCCGCAAUCUCUACGAUCAAGGUCUUGCCUGAUCGAUCACAAGUAGCGAGGAGUUGGAA